GGCCAGUCAGAUAGCAGAGAGUCUCGGUGGGUUUAAAUAGAGGAGCAGAGCAGCAGAACAUGUACCGAGGUUCAGGACACAAUCAUGAAGUACUUCAUCCUGUUGGCUCUCUUUGCUGCAGCUUAUGCUGCUCCCAUUGAGGAUGACAAGAUUGUUGGAGGCUACGAGUGCAGGAAGAACUCUGCACCCUACAUUGCGUCUCUGAACGUUGGCUACCACUUCUGUGGAGGCUCCCUGAUCUCCAGCACCUGGGUGGUGUCUGCUGCUCACUGCUACCAGUCUCGUAUCCAGGUGAGACUUGGAGAGCACAACAUUGCUGUGAAUGAGGGAACAGAGCAGUUCAUCGACUCAGCCAAGGUCAUCCGCCACCCCAACUACAGCAGCUACAACCUGGACAAUGACAUCAUGCUGAUCAAGCUGAACAAGCCCGCCACCGUGAACAGCUACGUCAAAACCGUGUCUCUGCCCUCGUCCUGUGCUGGCACCGGCACUUCCUGUCUGAUCUCUGGAUGGGGAAACACCAGCAGCUCUGGAAGCUACUACCCUGAUAGGCUCAUGUGUCUGGAUGCCCCCAUCCUGAGUGACUCCAGCUGCAGGAACGCCUACCCUGGACAGAUCACCUCCAACAUGAUCUGCGUUGGAUUCCUGGAGGGAGGCAAGGACUCCUGCCAGGGUGACUCUGGUGGCCCCGUGGUGUGCAAUGGUCAGCUGCAGGGUGUGGUGUCCUGGGGUUACGGCUGCGCCCAGAAGAACAAGCCUGGAGUUUACACCAAGGUCUGCAACUUCAACACCUGGAUUCGCAACACCAUGUCCUCCAACUAAAUGGAUAU